AUGAAGAUGAAGAAAAAAUGUUUAUAUAAUAAGAACAAGGUUAGGUUAGAUAACAAAUUUGCGAACGAACAUUACAAUACAAUUCCGUGCAUUGAAAUUGAAAUUGAGAAAUUGCUAAAAAGCUGUCAUGUUAGCAAGUACGAUUAUAAAAUUACACAUUUUCUGAUUGAUAUAAUACAAAAUGAAACACUCAGAAUUUUAAAGAAUGCUAAGUAUGUUAAACAAAAUGACAAUAGUAGAAGGGCACUAAAUGAAACUGAGUUGAAAAAAAGAGAAAAUAAAAAAACUCAUGUUUUAAAUUGUAAUCUCCAAAAAAAAAUCACUAAAAGUUCUCAUGAUACAAAAGACGAUGACAAAAAUAGGAAGUUGGAAGUAGAUAUGAAAAAGAUUGAUCAUACGAAUGUACACCAAGAAAUUUCAAAAGAUCUACAAGGGGUUCAUUUACUAACUGAUGUGGCUCGACAUAAGGUGGAAGGAGUGGAUGCGAUGGAGGGGCAAAAGGAGAACGAAAAGGAAGAGCGUAACGCAGAUGAAGCUGAAGUAAAUUCGAAUGAAGCUGAAGUAAAGGCUUAUGUAGCUGAAACAGAGGGAAAAGAGAAGAAGAAUCAUGGGGAACAUAACGGAAACACGAAGAUAUUCGAAACGCAUGAACAAAGUCAGGAGGAAUGCAAGCACUCCGAAUUACCAGAAGUGAUAGAAAGUAACAUGAAACAGGAAGAAGCGAGUAAUCCAAAGGACAAAGCAAAUUUAGAAAUAAUCGAAGAACAAAAAAAAGACAAAGGGAAUGAUAAAAUUAAGCAAGGAACGAACACUGAUCAUAACCCUGCAGAAACAAAAAAUGAAGAUCAACAGAAAAAAGUAUAUGAAGAGGCAAUUCAAAACGAUCAAAGUAGCUACAGCAUAUUCACAAAGUUCUCGAGUUACUUUACAAAAAAAAAUAAGGAAAAUGAGGAGAAAAAAGAAAAUUCAAAAAUUGUAGAAGAAAACUUGACCAAUGUAUUGGGUAAUAAUGAAAACGAAUGUAACGAUUUACUUGAAAAUUUAAGCAAAUUAAACAAAGUAGAGAAUAAGUUAAUUGCAGAAAGUACAGAUCAAGCAAUUACCGAAGGAAAAAAUUUACCAAACGAAAUUGGUACUAAUGAAAAAUUUACAAAUGAUGAACCAAAUGUAGAUGUUCAUGUUCUUCCCAAUAAUGAUGAAAUUUUUGUGAAGGACAAUACGGAUAAUAAGACAAAGGAUGAUGUGGUACAUGGAAUAAUUAGCAAUGAUGAGAAUUUGAAUAACAAGAAUGAUGGAGAAGCCGUCUCUAAUAGUUUCAAAAUUGAUGAAACAGAGAAUGUGGGAAGUAAUUCUGGUAUUAGCUCGUCAAAAGAAAAGGACUCUGCCGAGGGUUUACAGGGUAGUAACGAUGAAAAAGGCAAUAAAAAGGAUAAGACGGGAGAUGAUCAUGACAAAACGGAUUAUCAUGACAAAACGGAUUAUCAUGACAAAAUGGAUGAUCAUGACAAAACGGAUUAUCAUGAUAAAACGGAUGAUCAUGACAAAACGGAUUAUCAUGAUAAAACGGAUGAUCAUGACAAAAUGGAUGAUCAUGACAAAACGGAUUAUCAUGAUAAAACCGAUUAUCAUGACAAAACGGAUGGCCAUGACAAAACGGAUGGCCAUGACAAAACGGAUAGCCAUGACAAAACGGAUUAUCACGACAAAACGGAUGGCCAUGACAAAACGGAUGGCCAUGACAAAACGGAUUAUCAUGACAAAACGGAUUAUCACGACAAAACGGAUGGCCAUGACAAAACGGACUAUCAUGACAAAGCGGACUAUCAUGACAAAAUGGAUGAUCAUGACAAAACGGAUUAUCAUGAUAAAACGGAUGAUCGUGACAAAACGGAUUAUCAUGACAAAACGGAUGACCAUGACAAAAGAAAUAACAGUGACACAACUAAUGAUAGGAAACAGAAAAAUAAGCAUAACAUAAGGGAUGAUAAGAACAAGACAAGCAACAAUAACAAAAGGGAGAAUCCACAGGAGCAGGAAGAAAUGUUCGUAAUAGACGAAGAAAGCAUCAAUAUAGCCAUAAAGGAAUACAUCCUGAAAUAUAUUUACAAAAAAAAAAAUGAGGAUUUUUCACAAAGCAGAUUAUCAGUUCAACAGAGAAAAAUGAGCUCAAAUAUGGAUUAUAAGAAUAUUAAAUACCCAGUCGGGUUUCCACCGUACCUACCAGAAGACUGUUCUAUUAGCACAGUUCUCCCAUCAUGGGACAUAAAAUAUCAUUUUAGUUCUUCAAAGAGGCCAAGUUAUGAAUGA